AUGGUUCACUUAUCAAGGGGUGUUGUGGCCACAUGUCUUACUCUCCUUGCGCAUUCCUCCGGUAUUACGGCUGAAGAAUCAAGCACAAAUCCAAUCGUGGCAGAUGGUACUUCCUUUGCUCUCAAUGGAAAUAAUGUUGCAUACCGCAUCCAUGUAGACAAUACCACUGGUGAUCUCUUAGGAGACCACUUCGGCGGCUCUGUCGGAGCUCAUAUCCCUCUGGAAGUUGUAGGCGACGUCCAUGGCUGGAAUGGUUAUAUCGGACGUGUACGCCGCGAGUUCCCAGACCAAGGCCGAGGAGAUUUCAGGACCCCUGCGAUUCGCAUUCGUCAGUCACAAGGGUAUACCGUGUCUGAAUUCCAGUACAAAUCGUACAAGAUCAUCCCCGGAAAGCCUGCUCUACCUGGGUUGCCAGCCACGACGGGCACAGAAGAAGAUGUGAGCACCUUGGUUAUCAGUCUAUAUGACAAGUACAGCGAUGUUGGUGCAGACCUCUCCUACUCGAUUUUCCCUAAGUAUGAUGCCAUUGUGCGCAGCGUGAAUAUCACGAAUCACGGAAAGGCAAAUAUCACAAUCGAGUCUCUGGCAAGUCUGAGCGUGGAUUUGCCGUUCGAGGACCUCGACAUGAUAAGUCUUCGCGGUGAUUGGGCAAGGGAAGCGCAUCGCGAAAGGAAAAAGGUCACGUACGGCACCCAAGGCUUUGGAAGUUCCACUGGCUACUCCUCUCACCUCCAUAACCCUUUCCUGGCAUUGACAGAGCCUUCCGCUACCGAGUCUCACGGAGAGGUAUGGGGAUUCUCGCUUGUGUACACUGGUUCAUUCUCCGUGAAUGUCGAGAAGGGCUCGCAGGGCUUCACGCGUGCCCUUUUGGGUUUCAACCCUAGCCAGCUCUCGUGGAAUCUGCCGCCCGGGGAAACCCUUACUUCUCCCGAGUGUGUCUCGGUAUACUCCAAGGAUGGCAUCGGCGGAAUGUCACGCUCUCUACAUCGCCUGUACCGCAAGCAUCUCAUCAAGAGCAAGUUUGCCACCAGUGAUCGUCCUACGUUGUUGAACAGUUGGGAAGGAUUGUAUUUCGAUUACAAUCAGAGUAGCAUCUACGACUUGGCAAAGGAAGCCGCCGAAGUAGGUGCCAAGCUCUUUGUUCUGGAUGACGGUUGGUUUGGCCGGGAAUAUCCACGUCUCUCCGACGACGCCGGACUGGGCGACUGGAUCCCAAACCCUGACCGGUUCCCAGACGGCCUGGGGCCGAUUGUGAAGAAUAUCACGGACCUGAAAGCAGCUAACUCGUCAACGAACAUGCGCUUCGGUAUCUGGUUCGAGCCGGAAAUGGUCAAUCCGAACUCGACUCUGUAUAACGAGCACCCGGACUGGGCCUUACACGCAGGACCCUACCCUCGCACCGAAAGGCGCAAUCAGCUCGUGCUGAAUCUCGCUCUUCCUGAAGUCCAAGACUACAUCAUCAAGUCCGUCUCAGACGUCCUCAAGAGUGCAGAUAUCAGUUACGUCAAGUGGGACAACAACAGGGGUAUCCACGAGAUGCCUUCCCCGGCCACAGACCACGCCUAUAUUCUCGGUAUGUACCGUGUUUUCGAUGAACUAACAACCCAAUUCCCUGAUAUCCUCUGGGAGGGCUGCGCCUCGGGCGGAGGCCGGUUCGACCCAGGUGUUCUGCAGUACUUCCCUCAGAUCUGGACAUCGGAUAACACAGAUGCAAUCGAUCGCAUCUCCAUUCAGCUUGGUACUUCGCUCGCCUACCCGCCCAGCGCGAUGGGUGCUCACCUGUCCGAAGUACCGAACCAACAGACUGGCCGCACAGUCCCGGUGGCUGUCCGCGGACAUGUCGCGAUGAUGGCUGGCUCGUUUGGCUUGGAGCUCGAUCCGGCUGUAAUGAACGCGGAGGACAAGGCGGCUCUGCCGGGUCUCAUUGCUCUUGCUGAGAAGGUGAACCCCAUUGUCCUUACUGGCGAUAUGUGGCGUUUGAACCUUCCAGAGGACUCGAAUUGGCCUGCUGUUUUGUUCAUCGCCGAAGAUGGUCAGAAGGCUGUGUUGUUUGUCUUCCAGCUCGCUCCGAAUGUUGAUCAUUCAUGGCCACGCGUUAGGUUGCAGGGAUUGGAUGCGCAGGCUUCCUAUAAGAUUGACGGGGGUGUGGUUUACUCCGGUGGAACCUUGAUGAAUAUUGGUCUGCAAUUUCCUUUCAAAGGUGACUAUGGCAGUCAGGUUGUGAUGUUAGAAAAGCAAUAG